UUUCGCGGUAACGCCAAGAAUAAGCUAUGUUUGCCAGUCGAUUCGUUGUUUUGCCUGCGAACAGUAUUUAAGCGGUCAUACACAUGUUGGCAGUUCAUUCAAAUAACCACAAAGGCACGCAAUGUGUACUUCAAUUAGAAUAAAUUAAUCGAAAAUUAACUGUGCGAACUCUCAAAACUAAGUCUAGUGAUAUCGUGAUGUGAAAAGAUCGAUCGGCGAAAGACGCGAUUCUGUUUUUGUUUCAUUUUUUAUUGUUAUAGGUAUUAUUUUUCCGGGCAUUUAGAAAAUAUAUUAUAAUGAAGAUCUCUACAGGUUCCAGUCUGAAGAUCCAGCAAGGCAAGGCUUCUUUCCAAUAUUUCGCAGCGUACAGUGCCACUUUAACCAUCAUAACGAGCGGCAUGCACUAUGGUUGGCCGUCACCCUCUCUCCCAAAACUCCUGCACGAGAACUCGACGAUCCCGGUCUCCAAUGACGAAGGCUCCUGGAUGGCAGUGAUGCCCCUUCUGGGGGCCAUCAUCGGCUCUCUCAUCGUAGCAGUAACGGUCGACGUCCUCGGAAGGAAGAGGACCAUCCUGCUGUCGUCGUUCCCGUUCUUCGCCUCCUGGAUCAUGGUCGCCUUCUCCACGUCCGUGACACUGCUCUACACGUCGAGGUUCAUUGCGGGCGUGGCCGACGGCUUGGUCUUCUCGGCCGUACCCAUGUACAUCGGAGAGAUCGCAGACGCGAAGAUCAGGGGGCUGCUGGGGACGGCAGUUUCGGUCACGUGGAUCUUCGGCAUCCUUCUCAUCAACGUCGUGGGGUCGUACCUAACCAUAACAGUGGCUGCGCUUGUGUCCAGCAUCCUGCCGAUCGUCUCGUUCCUCACCUUCGUAUGGAUGCCCGAGUCCCCUUAUUUUCUACUCAUGAGAGGGAACCAGGCGGAAGCAACUAAGAGCUUGCAGACAUUCAGGGGACUGCAAGAUGUCGAUUCGGAGCUCAACCGCAUCGGCUGCGCCAUCAAGGCUCAAAUGUUGAACACCGGCAAAUUCCUGGAUCUGUUCACCGUGGAAAGCAACAGAAAAGCCGUCUACAUAAUGCUGAUUCUCAGGGCAGCGCAGCAGUUGAGUGGAACCACAGCUAUAACCUUCUAUACACAGCUCAUCUUCGAAGAGUCCGGCACCAAGAUCUCUUCGGAAGUGGCCACCAUCAUCUACUUUUCGGUUCAGCUGGUGCUCGGGAUGUUCUCCUCGAGCAUUGUGGACAGGGCCGGGAGGAGGCCUCUGCUGAUCGCUUCCAGUAUCGGGACGUUCCUGGCUCUUCUCGUCGAGGCCGUCUACUUCUACCUCAAGACAUCUACCGAUUUGGACUUGUCCGCCUUUUUCGCUGUUCCUGUCGUCGCUCUCAUAGUUUUCGUGAUAGUGUUCAGCGCGGGUCUGCAGACUAUUCCUCUGCUGAUGAUCAGCGAGAUGUUCCCCGCCAACGUGAAAGCGUUCGCGUUUGGUCUCGCAGACAUCUACUUCGCCAUAUUGGCGUCCAUCGUGUCAAAAUUUUUUCAGAUUAUGAAAGACUCUUUCGGAAUGAGCGUCCCUUUUUUCGGAUUCGCGAUUUGUAGCAUAGUAGGGCUGAUAGUGAUUGUGAUAUUCGUUCCGGAGACGAAGGGCAAAACUCUGGAGGACAUUCAAAUAUAUUUCAGAGGCGAAACACAGACUGAUACAGAACAAAGGAAAAAUAGCGCGAUUGAUUUUGAUGUGAAAGAGAUUUCCCUCCUAAAAAUUUCCACCAAAUCCCUCUUUUUCCGAAUAAUAUCCUGUCCUUGCUUGCGAUUCAACUGCAGGAUGGAAAUUUUAUUCAGACGGAUUUCAGACGCCAAACGAGACGGAGGUCGAGGAAUUGAAAUGGGGACAAAGGAAACAACGGCAGGACCUAUUCUCCAGUAUCUGGCGGCGGCUUCUGGUAACCUGGCCAUCGUCUCCGAUGGCAUGCACUAUGGCUGGCCCUCGCCGACGCUGCCCCAAAUCCUCAACAACACCAACUCGACACUGUGCAUUAGCAACGAAGAGGGGUUGUGGAUGGCGGUGAUGCCGCUCAUCGGCGCCGUCACGGGCGCCCUCGCUGCCGCCAACAUCGUCGACUACUUCGGCAGGAAAGUGACGAUCCUCGCGACGGCGGUGCCUUUCUUCGCCGCCUGGAUGAUGGUCGCUGCGGCAACGAGUACCCUGUGGUUCCUACCUCAGCAUAACCAAUACUGCCCUUGUGUCUUCUGUCGUACCUGUGCUGGCGUUCGUAACUUUCAUGUGGAUGCCGGAAAGUCCUUACUACUUGAUAAUGAAGAAUAGGAUAGUGGAUGCGAAGGAAAGUUUGAGCAAAUUCAGGAGAGCUGACGUCGUUGACGAAGAGCUCCAGAGAAUGAGAAUCUCCAUACAAAGCAAAACCAACACCAAAAACACUGCCAGAUUUUUAGAUUUAGAUUUCAACAGUUCAGUGGAACAACUGCCAUUACUUUUUAUGCUCAACCAAUAUUUAAAGAAGCCGGUGACGAUAUUUCCCCUCAUCACGCAUCAAUGAUCUACUUCUCGGUUCAACUUCUUGUUACAAUAGUGUCCUCCAGUAUCGUAGACAAAGCUGGGAGAAAGCCUCUACUCCUCAUAUCGAUGGCCGGGUCCGCUCUAGCUCUGUUUCUAGAAGGAGUGUACUUUUUCAUGAAGAACCAAACAGACAUUGACAUCUCUUCCUUUUCUUGGGUUCCAGUUGCUGUUCUCAUCGCCUUCGUUAUCAUCUUCAGCUUGGGCAUGCAGAGCAUUCCUAUCCUCAUGCUAGGGGAACUGUUCCCGACCACUGUUAAAGCGUACGCGUUGUGUUUGGCCGAUGUCUACUACAGCAUAGUAGCAACCAUCGCCUCGAAGUUUCUACAAGUGAUGAAGGACACCUACGGAAUGCAUGUUGCCUUUUUUGGAUUCUCUAUUUUUUCUGUCCUUGGACUGGUUUUUAUCGCGUUUUGCGUUCCUGAGACAAAGGGAAAAAAUUUAGAGGAAAUUCAAGAGUUUCUCAAGGGACGCAGCACACAUGAUCACAGCAAAUGCGAUAAGGAAGAGUGUGUCAAAGUUUAAUGUGAUAUUUUUAGAGAAAAUUAUUAUAUGG